ACUCAUGAUAGUGUGUUACCCAUAGUGCCUUGCGCGUACAACGUGAAGUAAAGAACAAUGGCGGCCAUGAUGGUUUUAGCUUCUCGAAUCUGUACCUGACGGUUUUUCACGUAUCAACAUUGUCACAUGCGUUUAAUCAGACCAACCUCGGGCGUGGAUUGGAACAGACGAGGCACGUGAUUGGAAAGGAAUUUCUGCUCAUUUCGCUUCAUUGUUCAGUCUGCAGACGACGCCAUGAUGGAGCUCGUGUGCGAUCCAAGAUGAGCAAGAUUGGAAUAUCCGGUCUUACAAAAUUUGAAAACCCUGUGUUUGGGUCAGGCACCUCCUCCACCACUGCCACCACUACCAACAACAACACAAGCAACAACACCAGUGCACUGACAACAACAUCUUUACCACAGACAGACUACCUGAGUGAUGCCAGCUACAAGCACACAUUGCCUCAAUUGAGUAACGACAAACUGGAGAACGACGAAGACAGUGGGUCAGGGUCAGAUUCGGGGUCAAGUGGGUCAAGUUCUGGUUCAGAUUCUGAUUCAGGUGGAUCCAAGUCUGAAAAGUCCAAGAGUUCAUCAGAGUCGAGCAAUCAGUCCGAAAAUGAUCAAGAGUCUCAUAGUGAGGUUAACAAGAGUGACAGUGAUUCCAAAUCAAGUAGCCAAUCAGAGAGUGAAGAUGAAUCUCCAAAGAAACACGAGCUAGAGGACCAUAAUGAACAUGAUGACCAUGACGACCAUGACGAUCACGACGAUAUCGAUGAUCGUGAUGAGGACUCGAAGGAGUCACUCGGGGACACCGAUUCCCAAGAUGCCAGUUCAGGCAAGAGCAGAUCCAAGAAGGAGCGCUUAAAGCAGGAGUUGUGGAAUGAGGAGCCAGAUCUGUAUGGAAUUCGUAGGUCUGCAAGAUCCAGGAAAGAGCCUGUUCGGUACAAUGCUGCCAAUGCUAGUGACAGUGACGAGGACCACCCUCGGUCCAAGAGGAGAGGAAAGAGGAAAGGAUCAACUGAUUGGGGUGGAAGUGAUGACAGCAAUGAGGCCAGCUCAGGGGACUACAAACCAAGCAAGAUUAAUACCAAUCGGAGAGUCCGGAUCAAACCUGUGCGGAGACCACCUCGAGGCUCAAAGUCUCCACGGAAACCAACCGGCACAAGGAAGAAAAGGUUAUCAUCGGGGUCAUCUACUGGGAGUGAGGAAGACUCGGAUGAAGACAGGCGACAUGUGGCUCGGAGGGCUGUGGCCUCAAAAGUCAGCAGGAACAAAACCUCUCGUGUUUCCAAGCGCAAGUCAACUAAACACGUUAGUUACAAGGAAGACACCGAUGCUUCAACAGAUUCGGACGACAUUAUGGAGGUGACGACCAAUGCUGUUGAAGACGCAGAGGAGGACAGUCGGGAAACCCUUGAAAAGGUCCUCGGCACAAGAUUAGGUGUCAAAGGAGCUACAGGCAGCAAGACCACAGUGUACAAUAUAGCCACUUGUGGUUAUCCUAAUGCAGGAAGCAACCCUCCCUCAGCCACAGCACUGGAUCAAACUGAGGAAGGAGAAGUCAGUGAUGGCACGGAGAAGGUGGUUGUCAAGGAGAUGCAGUAUCUCGUCAAGUGGAAGAACUGGGCACACAUCCACAACACGUGGGAAUCUGAGGCCAACCUCCGGGAACAGAAGGUCAACGGCAUCAAGAAGCUGGAGAACUUCAAGAAGAAGAAUGAGGAGAUAGGAGAAUGGCGGUUGACGGCAUCUCCAGAAGACAUAGAGUACUUCGAGUGUCAGCAGGAGAUGAUGGAUGAUCUACAGGGGCAAUACAGGCUCUGCGAGAGAAUAAUUGCUCACUCUAACCAGAAGCAAGCCAAUGAGCACAAUGGUUUCCCCGACUAUCUGUGUAAAUGGCAGGGGUUGCCAUACUCAGAGUGUACAUGGGAAGAUGGGGAAUUAGUGUCCAAGCACUUCCAGAAAUUUGUAGAUGAGUACCAUGCAAGGAACAAGUCACAGCGUACACCCUCCAAACUUAGUAAGGUACUGAAAGUCCGUCCAAAAUUUUUACCUUUAAAAACUCAACCCAAAUAUCUUGGUGGCAGCGAGCACCGAGAGCUGCGGGACUACCAGCUGGAGGGCCUCAACUGGCUCAUCAAUGCCUGGACCAAAGAGAACAGUGUGAUAUUGGCUGAUGAGAUGGGGCUGGGAAAGACUAUCCAGAUUAUUGGCUUCCUGUCCCUUCUCUUCAACAACUACCAACUUUACGGCCCCUUUAUCCUGGUGGUUCCCUUGUCUACAGUGGUUGCUUGGCAACGGGAGCUCCAGAACUGGGCGCCAGAGAUGAAUGUUAUCACCUACCUUGGUGAUAUCAACAGUCGAAACAUGAUUCGGGACUAUGAAUGGUACCAUCCCAACAGCAAGAGGUUAAAGUUCAAUGUCCUGGUCACAACAUAUGAAAUAUUGUUAAAAGACAAGUCUUUCUUAGGUAGUCAUCAAUGGGCUUUCCUCGGUGUGGACGAAGCACAUCGACUGAAAAAUGAUGACUCCAUGCUGUACAAAUGUUUAAAAGACUUCGACACAAAUAAUCGCAUCCUCAUCACAGGAACACCACUCCAGAACUCUCUCAAGGAACUCUGGUCUCUCCUUCAUUUCAUCAUGCCAGAAAAGUUUGACCGCUGGUCUGACUUUGAGUUGAAGCAUUCCAAAGCUGACAAGACAGGUUUUGCAGCUCUCCACCGAGAACUCGAACCCUAUCUCAUACGUCGAGUGAAGAAGGAUGUAGAAAAGUCAUUGCCAGCCAAAGUGGAACAAAUUCUGCGAGUGGAGAUGUCGUCAAUACAGAAGCAGUACUACAAAUGGAUUUUGACGAAAAACUAUCGAGCGCUAAGCAGAGGUCUGAAGGGAAAUGUUAGCAGUUUUGUAAACAUCAUCAUGGAGUUAAAAAAGUGCUGUAACCAUGCAGAACUGACACGCCCCCCAGAGGAAGAGGUUGCCCAAGAUCGGUUGAUGAGACUGUUGCGGGGGAGUGGCAAGAUGCUGCUGCUGGACAAGCUGUUGACUCGGUUGAAAGAAACGGGCCAUCGGGUGCUGAUAUUCUCCCAGAUGGUCCGGAUGUUGGACAUCAUUGCAGAGUAUCUGCAGUACAAGCGCUUUCAUUAUCAGAGACUAGAUGGGUCUAUACGUGGUGAACUCAGGAAACAAGCCAUGGACCACUUCAACGCAGAAAACUCUCAGGAUUUCUGUUUCCUGUUGUCAACACGAGCAGGAGGGCUGGGUGUGAACCUGGCAACAGCUGAUACUGUGAUCAUAUUUGACAGCGACUGGAACCCACAGAACGACCUGCAGGCACAGGCCCGCGCCCACAGAAUAGGCCAGAAGAACCAGGUUAGCGUGUAUCGCCUGGUCAACAAGAACAGUGUGGAGGAGACUAUUGUGGAGCGUGCCAAAAAGAAGAUGGUCCUUGAUCAUCUUGUCAUCCAGAGAAUGGACACCACCGGCCGAACUGUGCUCAACAAGGGAGCUGCCCCAUCUAGUUGCAGUAACUCAACCCCAUUCAACAAGGAGGAGCUGGCAGCCAUAUUGAAGUUUGGUGCAGAGGAGUUGUUCAAGGAGAUGGAUGAAGAUGAGGAGGAACCUCAGGUGGACAUUGAUGACAUCCUCAACCGAGCCGAGACACACGAGACUGACACAUCAUCCGUAGGUGAUGAACUCCUCUCACAGUUCAAGGUGGUCAGUUUUGAAACAAUGGAAGAAGAACAACCACCAGAUGACCCAGGUCGGGUGUGGGACAACAUCAUCCCGGAGAAGGACCGGAAGAAGGUGGAGGAGGAGGAGAGGCAGCAGCAGCUGCUUGAGCUACAUCUGCCACCGCGCAGUCGCAAGACUAUACAGCAGCUGCAGAUGGAGUAUGAUUCUGAUGGAGAGAAGAAAAAACGGAAGAAGCGUGAGGUCGAGGAAUCGGAGGGCAGUGAUGAGGAUGAAGAUGAGGACAAACCCAGACGGAGAGGAAGACCUCGCACUGUCAACAAGGAUGCUGUGAAGGGAUUUACUGAUGCAGAAAUUAGGAGAUUUGUUAAAAGCUUUAAGAAGUUCGGAGAUCCUUUAACAAGACUGGAUGCCAUUGCCUGUGAUGGAGAAUUGCAAGAGAAGUCUGAGGCUGACUUGAAACGUUUGGCGGAGAUGUUGAUCAAGCACUGCAGUGAAACAAUUGAGGAGAGCAAGAACAAGCAGGCUGAGGAGACACAACCCGAAGGUGGCAAGAAGGCUCACAGCCGUGGGCCAACAUUCAAGCUGUCCGGAGUGAUGGUCAACUGCAACUCCCUGGUCAAGGCGCAGCAGGAGUUGGAGCCCCUGGCUAAGGAAGUACCUGCUGAGAAAGCGGAGAGGAAGAGGUAUCAGAUGGACAUGUAUGUAAAGAAGGUGCACUGGGAUUGCCUGUGGGACAUUGAGGAUGACUCCAACCUGUUGAAGGGGGUCUACGAAUAUGGCAUGGGCAGCUGGGAGGCCAUCAAGAUGGACCCAGAACUCUCGCUCCAUCAAAAGAUUCUUCCUGGUGAAGACAUGAAACCACAGGGCAAGCACCUCCAGACGAGAGUUGAGUACCUGCUGAAGAUACUGAAGAAGAAGACGGAGAAGAACAAUAUUAUUCCAACAAAAGCAAAAACAAAAACAUCCAAACGUCAAAGGAAACCCAAAUCAAAACCUGAAAUCAUAGAAAAUGACUUCAGCAGCUCAGAUGAGAACUCCAUGAAGUCAUCAGUUAAAGCUUUGAAGGAAGAGAUGAAUGACAGCAUCCCUGCAAGUCCCAGGAAGGCCCACAAGGGCUCGGAGGAGAAGGAGGUCAAGCAGGUGAAGCAGGAGGCUGAGGGGGAUGUCAAGAACGAGGAGGAAGACGAUGAUGAAGAGGUUGAGGAGGGGGAGAUUAAGAAGAAGAAGAAGAAAGUCAAGAAAGAGAAAAAGGAAAAGAAAGAGAAAAAGGAAAAAAAGAAAAAGGAUAAAGAUAAGGAAAACCUGGAGCGACAUGACCGCGAGAAGUCUGAGGACAAGAAGGAGGAGAAGAAGAGUAAGAAUAAGAAGAAGAAUAAAGAUGGGGCGGGGCCUAUGCACUUCACUGCCAACUCAGAACCUAUCUCUGUCUCACAAGAUGAGUCGGGCCUAGAGCUCACAAAGGAAAUCUUCGCUCAGUGUAAGGAGAAGAUGCGACCGGUGAAGCGAGCCCUGAAGGAGUUGGACAACCCCGAGGAAGGCUUGUCCGAGAAGGAGCAGAUCAUGCAUAUGCGGCAAUGCUUGCUGAAGAUCGGGGACCAGAUCAGCAAGUGUCUCGUCAACAUGAGCAACCCAGAGAUCAUCAAGCAGUGGAGGAACAAUCUUUGGAUUUUUGUGUCAAAGUUCACCGAGCUGGAUCCCAUCAAACUCCACAAACUUUACAAACAUGCUGUCAAGAAGCGAGAUGGCAACAAGGACACUGUGCCUGCAACAGACGAAUUCCACCCUGAGAGUUCCAACUCCAAUCUGUCUCAGUCAUCCCUUGGAAACAGCCACAAGUCCAGUUCCAAGCGGCCGUUUGAGAAGCUUGGGGAAGCGGGAAAGAGAGAUCAACCUCCAUCUAAAAAAUCCCAUAGCUCAGAACAAAAAGACAAGAAUAAGGACAGCGUUGUACAUAAUGGCCCGAAGCACGGCAGCAGCAGUAGUUCCAGUCACACGUCAUCAUUCCGCAAUACUUUCAGCAGUGUGAAGGAGUCCUCACGUGUAGAGAGUGGCAACUCGAGUCCCGCUGACAGGUGGCAGCAUGCUAGUCCAUUAGCUCGAGCAGAGGAUGUCCCCAGAAACAGGUACAAUGAAGGCAGCGCGAGUUCAUACAACCGUUACAAUGAACUUCAUCGUCCGCAUCACAGCAAUGACAGUAAACAAGAUGCAUAUCACAGGUACAAUAAUGACCGGCACUCAAGCAGUGGGCGGAGCAGUCAUCAAGGGGGAUCAGGAUACCACCGUCAUGAAUGGGGAGGAGGCGGUGGUGGCGGCGGCGAUGGUCGCCAGUCCAACUACCGCUCAGACCACCACCGCAAUGACCACUAUCGUCCAGAAUACGGCCACCACUACAGAGAACAUGAUGGUCACUACCAGAGACAAGGGGAUGACUGGGGGACAAGAGCGGCCUGGUCAAUCAACAACCUCUUGUUACUAAUGAGGAAGCGCAAGAGUGAUGAGCAUUCUGAUCGACGUUCUCACAAAGACCCACGGCUUGACCAGAACCGUUCUUCCACCUCCGUGCACACUGAAUCUAGUCAGUCCAAGCACUGAUACUGGCUGUUGCUAGUAGAUCUGACUCACAGAGCUGACUCAAGGACAGAGAACUCCGUGAGGAAUGCCCUGUGUCUUGUGCUACGUGAGCUCAAUAUGGCGUUCCCACACAGGGUGCUUCCAUGGUCGGGAUCAUUUUCUACCACAUACAUUCCUGCGGCCAUCAUGAGAGAAAGUUGAUGUCACUUCCUUGGAGGGUUUAAAUGUUGAGUGGUGUGGUAAAUGCUGCCUUAUAUACAGAGAAACCAGUGAGAAUGUGUCGUGCCUGUGUGUUGUGGGACUUGAGUGUGGCAGUGUCUUGACACCCUUGCUGUCCUCUCAGCAGCCAAGUAUUCCUUGCUUCAGACUUGUGGACAAUGUGUAGCAAUUCAGCAUCCAAAGAUCUUCCAGUAUUUUACUGAUCACCUUUUCAAGAAUGUCCAUAAUAUACGAAGAUCUGUUUAGAAUCAGUCCCACACAGCAUCUUCAUUUGAAUGUUCCCAUGUUUGUGUUUCCCGAAGCCAGUACAGGGACUGUUGAAAGCUCAGAAGUUCUUAACACUGCCCAUACUUGUAUAUUGAAACAUAGAUUUGACAUGUCUCACGUCUUAUACCUACCUGUUCAUGGAAUGAGUCAGCAGCCAUGCAGUAGGGGUGUCAUUGAUUGGAAUGUUUAGUAUCAAUAUAUUGAUUCAAGCAUCACAAUCAAAGUGUCUAGUAUCCCUAUCUUGCAGUGAUCUUGGAACUUCAGUAAAUGGUUCUUAGAUAUGGUGAAACCUCAGUAGCCUGCACACCCUGCCUUCUAGACAAUCUUGUUUGGAAAGUCUAUUAGAAUCCAAAGGAACAAGACACCCUAUCAGUGAUUUGGUCUUCUGGAACUGUGUUCAUCCACGAGGCUUCAUUGUACCUAAGAGACAGAUACACUAAUGCAUCUGUCUAGUUGUAAUAUGAGCUCACACACAGGACAUUAACUGUUCUUCCGUUCUGUCGCCAUGGCACUUAGAUCCUGCAUCAACGUGACAUGGUGAGGGCUGCGGUCCAACUCUUCCUUUGCUUAUAGUAGCUGGUCAGAAGGAUAUGUUUUUUUCACUUUGCCAAAAAGCGCUUUAUAGUGUUAAGUGUUACGAAGGCCAGAGAUUGUUUCCAGACUUGUGCUGCAGAUUCCUCACAAGAGAAAUAUUUCUCCCAGUUCGCUUUUUUGUUAAAACAAGUCAAGUAAUGUGGUAUAUCUUAAGAUUCUAAAUGACUGAUGAAACCAAUACCAAAGGUGUAUUUUGCCUUUUUGAGAAGUUAUUGUAUUCUCUUUUUAUCUGAGGUCAAAAAUGUAUUUGCUGAGUAACAAAUCGUCAUCACCUUUGUUGAUGUCUAGAGACAUCUUAAAUUGUUUGAAAGAUAGUGUUAUUUUCAGGCACAAGCUAAGAAUCAAGGAGUACAUGUAGAAUUCUAAACUUCAGAACUUGAAUCAGAUCUACCAACUCUCACGUCUAAUUUUAUUGUAUCAAUUACAUCUGAGAGAAAACUAUUUCACAGUUGUUUGACAUACACUUGACCCCUAAGUCAUGUUGUUUGCACUUCAUUUUGGAGAGAGUUUGGGCUUCACAAACGUGCAGCUUGUGUUUCACUUUUGUAAGCUCUUCAUUUGCUGGACAUAUGGAUAAGUUUGUAUUUAUUUUUAGCUCACCUGAUAGAAAGUCAAAUGAGCUAAUAUCUGGCCUGCUUGUCUGGUGUCAAGCAUAAGUCGUCUGGCUUCAACAUCUUGUAAAAACAACCUAUAUUGUAAAAGCUAUUUAUGGCCAUUUUUUCCCAAAAUGUAAUGAAAUUUGGCAAUUUUUUAGUUAGUUGGGGAGUCAACACUACAGUCUCCUUAUGAUAAGUAUUGUUCAAAUGAUUUAGACUUUUGUUAGUUUUUCCUCUUGCCAAAAUAUUUAAAUAUCAACACUGACAUCAGCUUUUGUUGGGUGUCUCUCUUUGUUGACAUUUAUGUGUCCAGGUGAGCUACAGUGCUGUGACACUAUUUUUGUAUUUGAUGAUUUGCAGGAUAAGGCCGUGGUAUUUAAUGUAAGAGAAUGUUAUGUUGGAAGGGAAAAGCAAUGUAGAUAAAGGAGAUUUAUUUUUUUGAAGUUUUGGUCACACUGAAGAUGCACACUUGUCUUUCAGGCGCAAUGGCUUUGUACAGAUGUAGCACAGCAUGACACAAUGUGGACACAUUGUUGCUGGUUGUUUUCACAGCAGCAUGUGUAACAGCUUGUCAGGCUAGCUGAAUAAUUUUCACUUGGAGCACUUCAGUAAAAUGUUGAGCAAUACAUAGAGUGAGCACCCAGAACCAUUGCAUUUGAACAUGGGAUACGUCGGGUGGGAAGAUUGAACAGUUACAUCUCAGGGUGUUGGUCAUUAUCCAUAGUAACCAUUGCUGCACAUGAGUCAACAUUCAACAGUCUUUUGAAUGUAAUGAAGACCUGUUUCUACAGUCUGUUCCUCGAGAUAUGCGUAUGUCUUGUUACAAGAACUGUCUGAAUCUCGUCUUGCAUCACAAUGACAUUGAAGAUAUUCUUCCUGUUUACAUAUGUGUAGCACAUCAUAUCAUUGUCUAUGCAAAGCGCAUAUUUCCAUCAUCAUCGUCGUCAUCGUCAUCGUCAUAGUCACCGCCAUUACCACCCAUGCUCAUGGCAUUACUUAACUGUGGCCUCACAGGAUGCAGUUCUUUAGUUGCCCUUUCUGUUUUGGUUACUGAUACGAUUAAUGGAGUUAGAUGUUAAUGAUUGUGUAUCCAGUGUUAGGAUAUGAGGAACAUGUUAGACAAGGCUAACAUGGACUGAGAGUUAUGAUGCUACAACAUGGGUAAUUCAAAUGAUAGUUUAAGGUCAAAUAUUAGAUCUUUCACAGAUAAUGUGUUGGAAUAUGUUCAAAUGUUUGUUACCAUGGUGACUGUUGAUAGUGCUCAGGCAGUACCAACACAGGUAUCAGGUUGAUCCUGAAGACUGUACAGAUGUACAAAUGGCUUAAUUUAUGAUCAGAGCACAUUUACUCUUUUUCGAAGUAAUUUUACCAUGAAAUGCAUAUCCAUGAAGCAACCAUUCCAAGUCAUCUUCCUGAGGCAAGGGAGUUAACGACUGUAAAACUCCAGUGGAAACUGGAGGUUUAUAUUCGGUUAAUUCCCUUGCAUCUGGAAGAUGAUUCCAAGUAAGUUCAAGUAUUUUAAUCCAUGAUCAUCCCCAUGUUUCCAUGCAUUUACCCAACACACCAUGAAUCAUUUCCUGUAUUUCACAGGCUUCAUACAUUGACAUUGUUUGCGUCAUUGUUGAUCACAUUGUCUUUCUCUGUACAAUUUCAGUUGUUAAGUAUUUGGUUUCUAUAUUUGAUUUUGUUGACAUCAGUUCCACUGUAUGUUCAAAUGCCUAAGAGUGAAUUAUGUUUGUGUAUGAGGAAAGAAAUGUGAUAAUGUACUGUGUGCUGUACAGUGUGUUAAAUAACACAAAACUAUCUGUAAAUUGUAUGUAUGUAUAUAGUGUAAAAUAUGCAAAGUAAUGAAAAUAAAAUUGUGAAUUUUG